UUCGGAGGUAAAAGUACAGUUCUCAUGCCAUAUAGGCGUGCAGUCUAGUCUCAUACGCGCAGUCACAAGAAGGACACGUUGGGGGGAAGUUCUGGUUUUAUUCUGUGUAAGUUAAAGUGGAGUUAUAUAAUUAUGUUCUCUUUUUGCAGGCGUACGAUCGCCGUCUGUCCUUCUCUCAGAAGCUUACUUAUGUUGUCAUUUCGUAUUGAUGUCGCUCCCAAGGCUCAUCUGUUCCUUUAAUCCUGUUCGUUUUGAAACUUUUGUUUUGAAGUGUUGUAUGAACUUGAAAUGAUGAGCUGUUCCUGUCUAGAUCCCCGUCUCGCAAGUGUAUCAGCUAGUUCACCUGAUGUUGGACCUGUGUCUUUAGUGAGAUGAAUAGGACCUUUGCUAAAUCAAGCAGAACUCUUAAAUUCAAUUUCCUUUCAUCUUAAUUCACAUUAUAGAGUAAACAACAAAACACUCUAUAGAGUAACAAGUUUUACUAAAGUAUAUUGCUGAAGAAAGGGUGAACUUUUUAAUAGUAAUAUGAUUGCAGCAAUAUUACCAUAGGUAUUUUUUGCAUUUACUUAGACAAAACACUUUCUACCCUUUCAACCUACCAUCCUGACCUUCAAUAAUUUCAUUUAUUGAAGUUGACUUUGUCAAAGGCGUACUACUAUUGGGUAUCGACGCCACGGGUUACCAAGCUCAACAAGAGAUUUGAGACCUGAAAAGGCCUCUCGUGAAAAAGUAUUAUUGCCAGGGCUUCCUUCACCAUGGCCAAGUCCAGCGCUUCUUCAUACCCCAAUAAUUACACACUAAUACUGGACACUUUAGACUCGGAUAGGAACUCAGAGGUCACAUCUAGUAAUGGAAGGUAUGUUCACCAUCCUGAGAGUGUACCUUUACACGAUGUUAUCGUAGAUAACGAUACCAAAAGAGCAACUGUUGAUCGUGAGAAUGAAAUACCUACCGGGCGCCCAACAACGGAGGAAAGAGAACUUUAUGAAAACGAAGCCAGUUCAGAAGAUGAUGGCGUUGUCUCAAGGGACAAGUGGGGGAGGAAAGUCGAGUACAUCUUGUCCAUGAUUGGAUUCUGCGUCGGACUUGGCAACGUGUGGCGUUUUCCCUACGUGUGUAUGAGGAACGGAGGAGGAGCCUUCCUGAUUCCAUUUAUUGUCUGCUUGACGGUAUGUGGACUGCCGCUUUAUUUCAUGGAAGUUGCAAUGGGGCAGUUUGUCAGCCUGAGCACCUUUCAUGUCUGGAAUAUUUGCCCGUUGUCUAAAGGUAGUUGCCUGUUAUUACAUAUCAGCAUGAGAAACGACAGUGUCAGCUCUAGCGAGGAGUUUUGGAUCCACAAUGUCCUCCAACUGUCCUCCGGAACUACUGACAUUGGCGGCAUCCCCUGGCAAUCUGGUGUCGCUCUGUUGGCCCAGGCGGUCAUGGUUUAUUUGUGCGUCAUCAAGGGAGUACACUCUGCCGGCAAGGUUGUGUACGUGACAGCCACACUUCCGUACAUUUUGCUGACUAUCCUUCUCAUCAAAGGCGCAACAUUGCCGGGUGCUUUAGACGGCGUCAUCUUCUAUCUGAAACCGGACUUCAGGGCCAGGCCUUGCCUUUGUGGUGUACCCAGAAGCCAUCUCGUACCUUCCUGUGCCACAGCUGUGGGGAGUUCUCUUUUUCCUGAUGCUCUUCACCCUGGGGCUGGACUCCCAGUUUGUGUUUUGCGAGACGUUUUUGACCACCGUCACUGACGUGUUUCCCUGGUUGAUGAAGAGGAGACAGUUUCUCUUUAAGAUCCUAUUCUUCACAGUUUUGUUUGUUAUAUCUUUACCUUUCGCCACAGAGGUAAAUCAAUUACAUGUAAAAAGCUCAGCGGGCGGCAUGUACCUGUUUCAGCUGGUCGACUGGUAUUUCGCCGCCUAUGUCGUGAUUGUGGAUAGCAUUUUGGAGCUGUUCGUUGUCAGCUGGAUCUACGGAGCAGAACGUUUCUAUGAUGACAUACAGCUCAUGCUGGGAUAUCGACCACCGUACAUUUUUGCUAUAUUUUGGAGAUUUCUCACUCCACUAUUCCUCAUGACUGUACUGGUCAACACACUGAGGACGUAUGGACCUCCUGUCUACAAAGACUACCACUACAGUCAGACAGAAGUAGCCAUCGGUUGGUGUUUGGCUACGGUCUCCUUCCUUCCCGUCCCCAUUUUCGCUCUCUACAUGCUGGUGAAAACACCUGGAUCCUUUAUACAGCGCUUGAAGAUCACGUGCAGACCGUCCAGACAGUGGGUGCCAGCAGAACCCAAACUGCGAGACGAAUAUAGGGCGGAAAGCAGACAGAAACAGCUGUGUACAUUCCCCGUGCCUUGUCUGGGGCAGACGGCCUAGUGAAACGGGUGGUUGGCGAGUGCUCUGCUGGUGUGAUUUGCUCCUUUUCCGCAAGCAAACAUCUGUCAUCCACAUCUCUUUUUCUUCUUAUUUCUGUUUGCCACUCUCUGGUUGGGGGUGCAGUGGCGGAGCGGUUAGUGCACUCGUCUCCGAAGCGGAAAGUCCGGGUUCGAGCCUCGGUUCAGACACGGAUU